UUUUUCUGAGCCCGACCUUUUAACGGUCAAUACGCGGUGCGGUCACACUGCUUGGUGGAUGGUAAGGUGGUCGAAAAAAGUUGUUAAAAGCGCAGAAAAAGCAAUUGUAAUGCAAGUGCUCCAGUGACUGUGAAAACGCAACAACAACAGCGAGCAACGAGUAGAAUGAGUGGGGAGAGCAGUGGGGGUUUUUUUUGGCCCAAAGCUCAGGUAGAAUACACACACACACGCAUGAUUGUUGGGCAAAAACAAUAAUUAUCCAAUUAAACGGUUGUCAAAGAAUGCAAUUAAUUUCAUUGGCCAAUAGGUUUGCGCGAAAGAGAGAUUCUCAACUCUCCACUCCCCCAGUUCCCGCGGAGAUGUCACCGAUUGGAGCCACUUCCUCGCAGCGAAUCCCACAACAAUAACAAAUAACGAAUAACAAAUGAUGUGAUGCAGCAGCAGGGGUCGAGUUCGAAAAACACAACCUUCGAGUAGUCCAGGCCAUCUAGAAUCACCCGGAUCGCACCCACGAUGAGCUGGCUGCUGGGCCUUCUCGGGCUCCAGGUCCUGUUCCUCUGGCUCCUGUGGCUGCCUGGCGAGAUCCUGGCCAUUCCCACGCCACUCAAGCUGCCAGGCUACACCCACAGGCUGACGCCCUACAUCAAGCACUGGGAGGCGGCGAACUUCGAUCGCCAGGUGCUGCAGGCGGCGCAGGUCAGGCACCUGGAGCAGGCUCGCUUCCGGCAGAAGAGAGAGGUGACCCCCUCGGCGAGUGGACUGGCGCACACCAUCCGCUUGAAUUUCUCCGCCCACGACAGAGAUUUCCGCUUGGUGCUGCGUCAACAGCCGCAUUCGGUGUUCGCCCACGAUGUGGAGAUUGAGAACACUCUGGGCCCCAUUGAUUACGAUGUGUCGCGCAUUUAUACGGGCAGCCUGGAGGACGACGAGGGGGCCCACGUCCAGGCGAUCCUUACCAGCGACAACCUGUUGGACGGGACGAUAGAGACCCAGGCGGAGCACUACUACAUCGAGCCGGCGCACCGGUAUUCCCAGCAGCUGGCCGAGAGCGGUGUCCACAGCAUAGUCUAUAAGUUAAGCGAUGUAAAUAUGCAGAAGCAGCAGUUCACCGGCGGAGGAAUCAACUCCGCCGCUCCCGCCAAGACGCACUGCGCCAGCGAGAAGCUGAGGAAGAAGCGCUGGCUGCCAGAGGAGCUGGCCAUGUCGGACGCUCCGGCGCCCACGUACAAUCGUAAUCCGCCCCUGCCGCUGGACUUGGAGGUGCCCUACAAUGAUGACUUUCGCGUCCUGGCCUCCGAAGAGGACAAGAGCGAGGAGUCGCCGCGGAAGUACCCAACCACGUCCACAACCAGGAGCACUGUGCGCAGCACCGAGAGCUUCCUGGCCACGCUGACUAAGCCCACGUCGAACCGCAACAUACUUGUAAAUAACUACAAUCCCUCCAAUCUCGGCGAGGGGAGUCGCAGCUACAGCAGCGGCAACAACAACGCCAACAGCAAUAGUAACAACAAUAACAGCAACAACAACAAUAAUAAUAAUAGUAAUAACAAUGUGCGGAAGUUGUACACGAAACACAAGAACAUUAUUGUGAGCACGUACAACCGACCCAUCGAACCGGAAUUCGGAACGCCCUACGAGGAGCCGAAUAACAAUGGCACCCGCGAGCUGCCCAGUAACUUCUUCAAUGCCAACUGGACGACGCUCUUUCUGGGAAACAACAACAAUGGCAACGACCGGCCCAGCCACAAGACGCAUGUGGAGAUUAUCACGAAAAACGGAGCCACCAAGAAGCCAAACAUCAUUGUAAACAACUACAAUCCGGAGAUCAUAUUCGCCCCCAAUCCGCACAAUCCCAGUUUCAACAGCAUGAUGAUGACGAACCUGCUGAGCGGAAGGGGUGGCGAGGACAUACACAGCUCUCCCAGGCUGCUCUACGACCGCAAGACCACCUGUAUGCUCUACCUGCAGGCGGACCACACGUUCUUCCAAAAGAUGGGCUCAGAAGAGGCGUCCAUAGAAGCCAUCACUCGGCACGUACAGCGGGCCAACACAAUCUACCGGAACACAGACUUCAACAACGAUGGGAAGCCGGACAACAUCACCUUCAUGAUCAAACGCAUCAAGGUGCACAACAUGAACGCGAUGAAGGAUCCCAGCUACCGAUUCCCCGGCAACUACGGCGUGGAAAAGUUUCUGGAGCUGUUUUCGGAGGAGGACUACGAUGCCUUUUGUUUGGCUUACAUGUUCACUUACCGUGACUUCGAGAUGGGAACCUUGGGAUUGGCCUGGACGGGAGAUCUCAAGAACGCUGGCGGAGUCUGCGAAAAGAAUGGUCACUACCGGGGGUCGCUUAAGUCACUCAAUACAGGAAUAGUCACUUUGUUGAACUAUGGAAAGCAUGUGCCACCAGCUGUCUCCCAUGUGACUUUGGCCCACGAAAUUGGCCACAACUUUGGAUCACCACACGAUCCGGAGCAGUGUACGCCUGGUGGCGAGGAUGGUAACUUCAUCAUGUUUGCCCGCGCCACUUCGGGCGACAAGAAGAACAACAACAAGUUCAGCACCUGCUCUCUGAAAUCAAUAGAGCCCGUGCUGAAUGCCAAGGCACGUUCCAUGAAGGGCUGCUUCACCGAGCCGCAGUCGUCGAUUUGCGGCAAUGGUGUGGUGGAGCCGGGCGAGCAGUGCGACUGCGGCUGGGAGGAGGACUGCAAGGACUCGUGUUGCUUUCCCAUGUCAAGGCAACCUCGUCUGGAUGAAACUCCGUGCACUCUAACGCCGCAUGCCCGCUGCAGUCCCUCGCAAGGUCCCUGCUGCACCACCGAUUGCAAGCUGAAGUUCGGUGACAAGUGUCGGGAUGAUAACGGCUGUCGGGAUCCUUCAUUCUGUGAUGGGCGAGUGCCCCAGUGUCCUCCGUCGGUGAACAAGCCCAACAAAACCAUCUGCAACAAGGAGUUCGUCUGCUACAUGGGCGACUGUACGGGUAGCAUAUGCUUGGCCUAUGGUCUGGAAUCGUGCCAGUGCAUUCCCGGACCGCAGGACGAUCGGAUUAAGUCAUGCGAGCUGUGUUGCAAGCUGCCGGGAGAGGACAGUCCCUGCCGGAGUUCCUUCGAGUGGAAUGAGGCGCCCUUCGAUGUGCCCGAUAUGUACUCAAAGCCUGGAACGCCCUGCAAUGAUUACAAUGGAUACUGUGAUGUCUUUCAAAAGUGCAGGGAGGUGGAUCCCUCUGGUCCACUGGCCACGUUGCGCAAGCUCCUGCUUUCCGAAGAGAGCAUCGCCAGCUUUAAGAAGUGGAUGCAGCACAACUGGUACACAGUAGCCUUAGCUGCUGUAGGCGUUAUCCUGCUCCUGGCGCUGAGCACAAAGCUGCUGGCGAAGCGGUCGAAUCUGAAGCUUAAGUCCGUCACCAUUAUACACAGCGCCACCACGGAAACAGUGCGUCUUCCGGAGAACAAUAACGGCGUGAUAGUGCAUACAGCCGUGAGGACAAAGGUACCUUUCAAGAAGAAGGUUCGUGGCGAGCGAACCAAGAAGCCAGGAACGGGAGCAGUAGCUGGAGCGGGAGUUACAGCCGCGGCUGCAGCUGCAACCCGAAGUGCAGCCAAAAGCAGUGCCAAUCCGGAGCCAAAGAAGACCACUAGGAGCCAAGCGUUGGCCAAGAAGAAAUCGCUCGAGGAGGAGCCCAAGAAGUCCAGCAAGAAGGUGGGCAAGCACAUGAAGGAGAUCAUCGACUAUUCCAACCGCAACAACAAUGGCGACGAUGCCUCCAAUUUGUCGACCACCAAUAACCACACCAACACCUUUGGCAAGGUGCAAAAGUGGCUACUCGAGUCGCCAAUCGUGGCUCAACCCUUGUCCCACAUUGAGCACAGCUCUCGAGUUCGCAAGGUGAUGAGCAAGUCGCAAUCAACGCCGGAGAGACUGGUGCAAAAGACACCGCAGAAAACCAAGUCCAUGGGUAAUCUGUCCAACGAGAAGGUCAAACUGCAGGUGGUUUACAAGCCGCCCUUCAAGUUUUCCCUGAGAUUGUCCAAGAAACCGAAAGUGAAGACCCAUGUGGUGGGCGCAGGUGUAAGGCCAAAGAGAAGUCAAAAGACCAGUAACCGAACUGGGGGGCAGUCCUCCUCGAAGGAAGUGUCUACGCGCGCCAAGAGGAGUGCCCUUCUGCUCUGCAACGAGGCGGAGGACGAUAACCAGAUCCUCACCCUCAACGAACCCAACUACGAGACCUUGAAGCCACCAACGCCUCCACGUUCCAUGGAACACUGCUACGAGAAUGUGGAUAUGCAGGCAGAGGCCUCCAGUUCGAAGCCCAGUAGUAGCAGCAAAGUGGCUCCUAGCUCACAGAACAGAGCCAGCUUAGAGGUGGCUCCUCCAGUUCCUGCGCAGCGGAAUUCCUAUCGCAGAUCUAACUCCCUGUCCACCCACAAUCCAUUUGCGGCCGCUCCUCGCCGGAGCAGCAGCAAGGCCAGCGGAUCGGUGAACCUCACGCGUAACUUUGGCAGCACCCAAAAUCUGAUUAAUCUCAGUCAAAAUCUGUCCAAAAACAAGAAGCGCAGCAGUCUGAACCUGAAGGCUAGCGGUAGUGGAGCCACCAGAAGCGGGAAAGACCCGCCAACUAUGGGAGUCGCCUCGCCACAGAGACGCUCCUCGUCCAAUGCCAAUCUCCGCAGGGACAGCAGCGUGUCCUCCUCAAAGGCAGUGCCUGUUCCGCCCACAAGGAACUCGCGGAAUAGCUUUAGCAAUAUUCCUAGGGCCAGUUUGGGUGGAGCAAACAGCAAUGCCGCCGUUAGCACUGGAGCACCUCCGCCCAGUUUCUCUCGCCAAUCUUCCAGCAGCACGGCCACCAGCAGCUCAUCCAUCACUCCAGGCCUAACCACCGGAGUGGCGUUGCAGCAAUCCGCGUCCACCAGCGCCAUGCAGCGUCACCCGCCCUCGCAGCCCACGAGGAGAAGCCUCCACAACUUCAGGACGCGCUCCACAGGCACAGGAGCUGCAGCUGGAAAGCCAGGAGCAGCAGUCCCUUCUGCAGCAGCAACCUCUGCAGGAGCCGCAUCUGCAGCAGCAUCGAACGAGAACAACGAGCUGCCGUCGGAUCUGGAGGUGGUUGUGUCCGAUGUGGAGAACUUGGUUAGCUAAGGGCAGCUCUCCCGUUCCAGUUUCCAAAACCAACCAAGUGAAAGUGAUAAGUCUUAAUGUUAGUUAUACAAAUUGUCGCAUAGGUUUACUUGCAUAACACUGCCUUAAACUUGCCGUUUCUGCUGAAAAUGUGAAAUACCACGCCCACUCACACGAACAGACACUCAACCGCAUUCCACACGCCCAUUAAUCCCCAACCAAGGCUCGCCCCAGCACCUCGAAUGCAUCACCACCCACUAGGGCACCCAAUCACCCACUGAUGCCACCGCAGUCCAAACCGCAGCCGCACUCACCGCACUUUGUACCUUCUACUGUUUACUGUUUGCAUUCUAUUGCGUAAACUGAAAUUUAGCCAGUCUCACUAGUUCCGGUUUCUGGAUUCGAUUGAACUUGGCGGAAGUUGAUACAUAUAUGUAUGUAUCCUUCCCAAUUUGAUCCGAUUACGAACUGGAAACAGGGCAAAUGCUCGUGAUUCAGUGACGAUUUCUUCUUAUCGAACCAAAACUAAAUGAGCUUUACGUAAAGUCAAAGUCGCAUUUCACAGAUACUCCAUUUCAAAAGCAGCUAUAAGAAGAAACCCGAAGUGAAUUACCUGACUACAUGCCCACUCUUGUGUUUGCCUGAACUUGGUCCUAUACUCUAUAUCUGUAGUUAUUUUCAAAACAGUAUUACUGCAUUGUUAUGUACCUACUAUACACUUAAAUUGCCUAUGUUGCCUGCUCUUCAAGUUUCGAACAACGAUCACUAUUCAUCUGAACUACGACGACACACAAAACAAUACAAGGUGCUAUUUUAGUAAGGAACUAAAACGAUGAAAUAUUAGCCGAGAACAUUUCAAAAUACUUUGCAUAUUUUCUGAAGAUCAAAACUAAGAUUAGACAGGAAUAGGGGAAUAGAGGAUUAGAGGAAGAUGGAGGUUGGUGUAGCAGGAGGAGUAGCAUAUAGGAAAAUAUAAAUGGGGAGCCGGGUAAAGUUGCAAAUAGCUGUACGGAUUAGAUACAAUGAUAACCAACGAUACUGUCAAUAAAUCAAAAGCAUCAUGCAUCGAAAGUAGGUCUUAGAGAACUCCCAGCCAGCCACAUAGGAAGUUAGCCACCCGAGCCCCGGCACUUAUCCACCCGAUCCCCGCGAGCACGGCACCUGUACACACGCAUCGAUCCCGUAGCAGCCCGUAGUGUACAUAGGAUAUCGAAUGGACAUAGUUUUUAUAUGCAAUCCAGUUAGAGCAAUGAGAGCAAACAAUAAGGAGACACCCAACACCUAUCGAUAUUCAUAACGCGUAGUAUAUAGAGUCACAUUCCGCAGUUAGACACCAACACCCAGCAAUAAGGAUCUUAGGCUAAGGACAUCAAUUGAUAUUUGUAGCUAUAUGAACGUGUAGGAAAUCAAAGGCGUAUCAAGAGUAUAUACAUACAUCCAUGUGGGGCGUGCAAUAGCCAUUGCAAGUGUACGAGCAUUUGGGUAUAUUUUUGUGGAAUAUACAAGAUACAGAUACAAGAUAGCAGCCAAAAGCUCAGCUCAAGCGAACCAGGACCCCGACCCAUGACCCAAAAAACCGACACAGAAUAUCGUAUAUAGACAAACAGACAGACAGUUAACGCGUUGGCCAGUGAAGAAACCGGAAACGGAAAUAGUUAAAACGAGUACGCGACAAUCGCUUUGAAAUGCUUAACAUAAAGAGAAAUACUGAUAAACCCGAAGUCGAAGAGAAGUCUAGUUUCUACCUUGUCUUGACAACAUAUUUCAAUACGAAACUAUACAAAAUAUGGCAGGCAAAAGAUUGAAACUAACCAAAAAGAUAAACACUAGGAAACACAAAAUGCACCGGAGUGGGAAUAUGUUGCACCUUGAGAUACUUGAGCUCAAACCGAAAGGAUCAAACGUAAGGAUCACGUAAUCCCAACCUGUGCAUUUCCAAAGGACACAUUUUAUUAUCCUGUGUAUUGAAGAGACGAAUUUUGCCAAUGUUUGUGUGUACUGUAUAUACUUAAAUGCAAAUGAUUAUUGUCUAAGCGAAUGGAGCGGAGUAUUUUGAGCGUGACAAAAAGACUAUUUAGCGCGAAAAGAACAAUUUUUGUGUAUUGUACAUAAGAAACCGAUUGAUUUUAAUCUAAAUAUACAUAAAUAUUAAUGUAAUUGUAAAACUGCAAACGAUUUUUAAAUCUGUAUGUGUAUUGUGUACCUCAAUUGUAAUUAAUUUUUAUACUUUUCACGAGAUGGAUUAAUGCUAUUUUUAUAAUUUAGCUAAAUGAAUUAUAAACACGUAUGUACGUCUCCCGACUCCCCACGAAACCAUCGUCUACCCCUAGUUAAUGGCCAGUUUUAAAUGUUGUCCAAGACCGCAUCACCCAUCCAAGAACCUAAAUGAAUAAUAUGUAAUUUUGUCAAUUAAGAACGCGUAAAUGUCUUAAGAAAUCGAAUGAAACACAAACGAAAUUAAGUGAAUCGAACAAAACAAAAACCGAAGAGCAAAGAAGUGAAUACUAGAAUUUUACGAUUAACAUUUUUAAAGACGAGCGAACAAGAAGCACAUGUGUGACAAUUCAGUUGUACUUUAUGUUACGAUUACUACAAUACUUUAUUUAUUAAUCUUAUCGUUAGGCAAUAACACGAGUGUAACUAAUUUUUAACCCGAACACACACAUAUGCGAUACUUUAUAAUUUCCUCAUUUUAAGCGAAAUUCAAUUAACAAUAAAAAUGAAACUAAUACUUAA